CGGUUAGGCACAGGCGAUUGGAGGAAGAGCGGAGGAAGCCGGGGAAAGGCGGGUGGUGACCGAGCAGCGGGAGAGAAACAAACAAAAAAAAGAGGAAAAAAAAAAAGCCGGCGCGGCGGGUGAGGUAAACGAGAGUCCCGGAAGGGCAGGCAGGCAGGCAGGCUCCGCCAGUGGCUCGUCUGGGAGCUGCUCCGAGUCUCCUCUUUGCCUUGCCCGCGGACACCUUGCUGGGUUCGGCCGCUCUCCCGUUCCCCAGCCGUGGUCUCCUCCCCCCCUCCACCACCACACGCGCCUCCUCCCGGGCGUGCGACUAGCUGGUGGCGGGGAGGCGAGGAGAUGUACCCGCCGGGCUCCACCUGGAAUAUCUCCUUCGCCGGCUGCGGAUUCCUCGGCGUCUACCACGUCGGUGUGGCCAGUUGCCUUCAAGAGCAUGCCCCCUUCUUGGUGGCGAAUGCCAAGAAGAUUUAUGGCGCUUCGGCCGGAGCCCUGACGGCUACAGCCCUCGUUUCGGGGGCCUGCCUAGGUGAUGUUGGAGGAAAUAUCAUCCAUGUCUCCAAAGAGGCCCGGAAGAGGUUUCUUGGCCCUUUACACCCGUCCUUCAACCUGGUGAAAAUCAUCCGUGCCUGCUUAUAUAAAACCUUACCAGGCAAUGCACAUGAGGUGGCCAGCGGACAUUUGGGCAUUUCAUUAACCCGGGUUUCGGAUGGAGAAAAUGUCAUAGUAUCGGAGUUCAACUCCAAAGAAGAGCUUGUCCAGGCCUGUGUCUGCAGCACUUUCAUCCCAGUAUACUGUGGCCUGAUCCCUCCAACCCUUCAAGGAGUGAGAUACGUUGAUGGAGGGAUUUCUGACAACCUGCCUCAAUAUGAGUUGAAGAACACCAUCACUGUAUCCCCUUUCUCUGGGGAGAGUGAUAUUUGUCCACGGGAUAGUUCCACAAACAUUCAUGAAAUCAGAUUCACCAAUACCAGCAUUCAGUUUAAUCUCCGCAACUUGUACCGGCUUUCAAAAGCCCUGUUUCCUCCAGAGCCCCAGGUUCUCCAGGAAAUGUGCAAGCAGGGAUACAAGGACGCUCUUCACUUUUUGAAGAAGAAUUCUCUCCUCCAAAGACCUCCUCUCCCUCUGCUAGUCAUUAGUGGUGCUGAGGAAACAGACUCUGAGAAAGAAAAGGAUGAGGACGAUCAGCUGCAAGAAAGUGCUGAACUGACAAAAGCUAAAGAAUACCUCCUGGAACACUUGCCUCCAAAACUGAACCAAGCACUUUUGGAAGCCUGUACUGAGAGGAAGGGAUUAUUCACUUGCAUUGCCAAUUUUCUACCAGUACGUUUGGUCUCUACUUUGAUGCUACCAUAUACCCUUCCUCUAGAGUCUGCUCUCUCCUUUACAGUCAGGCUGCUUGAAUGGCUGCCAGAUGUUCCAGAGGACAUCAGGUGGAUGAAAGAACAGACAUGGAAAGUCUGUCAUUAUUUUAUAAGAAAAGCCAAGAAAAAACUAGGAAGUCACCUUUCAGCCAGGCUAUACUAUCAUCUUGAACUCCGAAAAACACAGAGUUUACCUAUCCCUUUGGGCACUGCUUAUGGGGAAGCAUUGCCAAAAUGGCUCAGGAACAGUCUCUCGCUAACAGACGUUAUGACAAAAUGGGAAGAAUACCAGCGUCAGCUGAUGCUAGGGCUGUUCUGCAUCAAUGUGGACCUGCAGGCCUCCAUCUUCCCCUCAGAAGGGCUGCAGAUGAGGCAUCCACCAGCAAGCUGCACGGAAGAGAGCCUUCAGCUCUUUUAAUAUAAUUGUCCGAAUCUGGUUGGGGAAAAGAGGGUGGGCGGUGGCUGCAUUCAGCAGUUUCCUAAUGAAACUCUUUAACAAUCACAGGGGGAUUUCUCCUCCCCUCACAAUUCAGACAGGAUACUGAUAACAAAAUAGGUAAUUGUGCCAUAACUAAGCAGGUGACUGGCACAAGGUAAAUACCCACCAAAAGGUGUUGGGUGUUGCAUAUCUUCUGGGAGACAGUGGUAUAAAUAACUUGACAACUGCAACAGAAAUGGUGGAUGCUUGGGCGGAACUGAAAAGAAUUUCAUUCAGGGCGCCUCUUGAACUGUUUAUAAUAAGACGACUGGGGACAUCAUCGGGACUCUAGCUUUUGUUUUAAUCCACUUUGCUUUGAAUCAGUAUUGCAACAUGAUUUUGUUCUUAAAGACUUGAGUCCUCUGGGAUCAUCCUUCUCUGUGUUAUGAUGCAUUAAAAGAAAAGCCAGCAAGAGCUACCAAAUUAGCUCUUAAACUAAAUGCAGUCCUAAAUUUUUACUUUAAAUAGAGACACCUUAUAAUUCCUGUACUGUUUUCUUGUAAAUUUGUCAUAUAUAAGGAAUGCAGCUAACCUUUAUACUACCUGGAUUCAUGGCCUACUGCACAGGUGUCAAACUCGUGUUGUCACGAUGUCAUCACAUGACAUGUUGGGACUUCCCCCCCUUCGUUAAACCAGGUGGGGGUGGGGCCAGCAUGUGACACAUCCAGCCUGUGGGCCCUGAGUUUGACCCCCCCCCAGCCUAUUGUCUUCUAGAUCCUUCUAUUCUCGAGAGAUGAGAAAAAAAUUAGAAGUCUUGAAAUAUGUACUUAAGUCACAUCUCAUUUGGAUGCACUAUUAUUUCCCUGCUUCCCAGUAAUUUUAACUAGCUUAAAUCUUAACUUGUACAGUUGCAGAAGGAUGUCAAGAAGGAUAGAUGGAAGCAACAGCUAAGUCAGUGUAAUGUAUGUUUUGAAAUGGUUUGUGACUGACUGGAUCAGCUGGCUAUUUGAGAAAGAAGGAAAGGGCUUUUGAUUCCAGUUGCAAAGGAAUAUGAAGCUCUUAAAAUCCAGAAGCCAAAAUAUAUUCUGAUCUAAAUGGAUUUAAGUUGGUUUGUGGGAUCCACAUCAUUGGUGUCAGUAGUGAAUGUGGCCCCUUUGGAAUGUUGUUGAUUGCUCAGCAGAAUUGUGGAAAUUAUUGUCUUGCACUGAGAUGGAAAUAAGCAGGGUCUGAAGUUGAAGGCCUGAAAGAAGGUAAUAGUUUUGCAGUUAUUGAAUGUUACAGUAUUGCAUAAAGAGGAGGAAUAGGGUUGGCUCGUAAGUCAGCUGAGCAAAAUUGUUCCCCCACCCCACCCCUUCCAAGCACUUUUUUCUCAGAUUAUAGGAAUUGAUUGACUGGUUUGUCACCUGAGACUAAUGUUGUGUGCUGAGAGUGACUAUUCCAAAGUCAUCCAGCUGGUUUUCAUGCCUAAGGUGGGAUUAAAAUUCACAAUCCCUGGCUUCUAGGCAGGUCCCUUUUCUCACAGCCCCAUACCAACUAUCUUGGGUCUAUUGUUAAUGAUCACCAGCACCAUAUUUGACCAUGGGUCCCCAAACUUGGCAACCUUAAGACUUGUGGACAAGUUGCCAAGAUUGGAGACCUCUGCACUAGACCAAACUGGCUCUCUGCUGAAUAAAAUUGAAUGUAUAUUUUAUUUCAAUCUUUUCAUGCUAAACCAGUGGAGCUAGUUCCUUCAAUUGCUGUGAAAAAAAAAUGUUGGUAGGUUAAUACAGAAGUAUUUUCCCCUUCACACAUAGCACAGGAAGCAUCUCUGGUAUAUCCAUUUAUCCAUUUUCCCCCAAGCCUUCUUUAUGGCAGUUACCUAUUGCCAUUAAGCACUCUGGUUAAUGCACAACCCUUUUUUCACAGCCCCAUACCAACUAUGUUGUGUCUAUCAUUAAUGAUCACCUGCACCAUAUUUGAUCUCAUCAUUCACUGCUGUUGUCGUUUUCUUCCUACUACUGUAUGUAUAGCAUGGCAAAUAUUCUGCAUCAAUGGCAGAAAGCAGAAGGUGUACUCAUAUAGCGAUACUGGCACAUUUUUAGUCACUGUGUAUGAGGCUAUAUGCAGAGUGCUUGCUAUGAUUUUAUAUUAUAGACUGAAGUGUUUGAUGCUGCAGGAAAAAAAAGUUUGGGUAUGUUUUUGGAUAAAAAAGAUUGGUUUUCUUUGCACUUUAACGACAUUUGUUUUUCUCCUAGUACAGAACUAUCUGUUAAAUUCCA